AUGUCGCAGCAGCGAUCCGAUUUCCGCAUCUGCAACCCGACCACCCGCAAGUGUGCUUCCCUGCCACAUCCCCCGUCACGACCAGGCUCCAGGUUUGUCGACGUAGUUGGCUUCUACCAGCACACCACAUCUGGAGAACACCGGGUGCUCUGGGUGUCAGUCCCGAUACCCGUCAUUAGAGCAAUUAGAGCGACUGGUCCUCAGGGGGCAGACAUGGCAAUUGAGUUGCCCGAUUACUUGGUCCUCACCGUGGGAUCGGACCAGCCAAGAUGCAUCCAGUGGCCGACUAUUUCAAAACAAGAGUUUCCUGAUAUCCGGUCCUCCAGAAAUCCACCAGUCCACCAUCGUGGUAGCCUGCACUGGGCAAUGGGUAUCAAUAUAACUGUAUUUGACACCAUAGCUGAGACGUUCCGGCGGAUGAGCUGCCCGGCACGGUUGGAGAACACCCAUAUGUGGUCGCCUGACUCAUUGUCGGAUAUGGGCGGCGCCCUUGCUUUGUGCCGCUCCGCCCCUGACUGCGUCACUUUUGAUAUUUGGGUGUUGCAGGACUAUGAUGCCGAGACCUGGGGCUUUCAAUAUCAGAUUAACUUGUUAGCAAUGGAGGUAUCGCCACCGAUUGAUUUGGGCAUCAUGCUUGUCCCUAUGACCACCCUGAUCAAUGAGCGUGAGCUGUUGAUCCAGCAGCGUCUUAGCCGUUUGUUGCAUUGUGAAAUUGACGGUGUGUCUUUAAGAGAUGUGGAAAGUGAAGAGCAUGAAUACCACCUGCUGCCACUUACUACCCAUUGCCUCCAAGAGAGCAUGAUUUCACUUCCAUUGUUUGAGACACAAGAAAAUGCUGUGAACAAGGAGGCUCCAUUCGUCAUAGUGCUAUAA